AAUAUCUCUUUCUCUCCCACUAACAGUCUAACAGAGCUACAUGGGGUUUCCAGUUGGGUAUACAGAAGUUUUCUUGCCAAAGCUGUUUGUUCAUACACUUUCUUUGCUGGGUUUUAUCAGAAGUCUAAUUCUUUGCCUUUUUAACUAUCUGGGUCUUUCGGAUUUCCUGGAAACCGACAACAUUUGGCCAGAUAAUCCGACCCGAAUCCACUCCCACCCGCCCGUUUCUGCCACCCUGAUCCGGGAAAUUUUGCCCGUCAUCAAAUUUGAAGAUUUAGUACCCGGAGCCGGCGAGGGUGACCUGCCGGAGAGUUGUGCCGUUUGUCUGUAUGAGUUUGAUGGAGAGGAUGAGAUCAGAUGGUUAAAGAACUGCAAGCACAUUUUCCACCGGGCUUGUCUGGACCGUUGGAUGGAUCACGACAGAAACACGUGUCCGCUUUGUAGAACCUCAUUCGUCCCUGAUGAGAUGCAAGAAGAGUUUAAUCAACGGUUAUUGGCUGCUUCUGACGACAGUGAUUUCUAUUACAGUGAGUACAGUUCGGUUCCAGUUUUGUAGGGAGGACCAUUUCCUUAUGUUUGAAUGAAAAUGUAUAUAUACAAUGGAAUUUGGGCAAUUUAGCUAAAAUAAAAAGAAAAAAAAAAAAAGGAAAAACAAAAUCCCUUUUUGAUGUAUAUUUUUUGAAAUCUUUAUUUCAACAAGAGAUGAAAAAGAGUACGCGUUUCUGGA